AACAGCUCAACAAAAGCUCUGACACACUGAAUAUCUAAAAUCGGUGUCAUCUUCUUCCCAGGGGAAUAAUUCAGGGAAGUCACAUUCACACCUCGCGGCCCCCACAAGCUCCCGGUCGCCUACAAAAGAGUCUUUCAUCGGAGACCAGAAUCCAAGAGAUUAGAAUGACCUCUCCGGGAUUGUAGAUACAGUCAGCGAGAGCUACAGCUCACGUCCUCAGUCUGCAUGGAGAAAGGUCGAGGUAUCUUCUCUGGAGAUUCAGGAUCCAGACCUCAGGGCUGCCGUCGAGAACACAAAUUCGAAGAACAUUCGUAUCCUACAGGGAAGAUCCAGGUCAUUGGAGACAUCUUCCAGUUCACAGUCGACAUGAGCGAAUUUUCCCCGGAGGACGUGAUCAUCACAUCCUCAAACAACCUGCUGGAGGUCCACGCUGAGAAGCUGGGAGAAGAUGGCACAGUCUCAAACACCUUUUCCCACCGGUGCACUCUACCAUCAGACGUGGACCCUGGGUCUGUGGCCGUGUGCAUGGGGAGCGGCGGGGUCCUGACCGUCAGAGCCCACCGGAUGUAAUCCCAGCACCACACCAGUGAUCCUCCUGGGAACCACUAGAGUUUAGUGACCUCUACCGGCCAGUGGAGGAUCACUCAAUGCGUCAUUCACAGACUGUGGGAAAUAUGAGAAACCGCAUCCGGUGCACUUUGGAGACACCAACAACGGAAAUAAAAUGUAAAAAGUAA